AUGGUGAUAGUUCAUGUACUCAGUAGGUCGCUGUUGGAUGGGGACCUUCAGUUCACCGAAGGCACGCGAGAGACCGGCUCUGGUCAUGAUAGUCAUGUCAGGGACUUUGCCCUGCACGGGACGGUCGGUGGUGGCUUUGUAGUCACCAAAGGUCAGCUCGACCCCUGUGGCUGCGCAAAUGGCCGACAUGACAUGGACCAAGAGAAGCAUAAUCGGACGAUUGGUUAG